AUGGCCUCAAAUCCCAUUACAGCCGCAGAGAUCAUCUCUGUUGUCCAUGCGGCGGCAGACCUCAUCCAAACCAGCUAUACCUAUGCCUCGGAUGGCGACGGAUGGACAGAAUAUCUGAAAGAGUUGUCUGCCUUGAUUGCUCUUCUGUUUCGGAUUGAACAUGCAGUUCUUGACAUGGAUAUCACAGAGCUUCUGCCAUCGCAUUCAAAUUCCAUGGAUCAAAAUUUCUUGAGCGAUAUCCAUGCUCAAUUUGUUCGUAUGCAUUCGAAGUUGCAGGUAUUGAACGCAGACAAUCUUGCUUUCCAGAUUUCGGAAUGGCAAGAAGAUAUCGAGGCGCUUCGCAAGCUUCAAACAGCCUUUUCCGACCUUAUUUCUUCCUCUGUGAUGUGCAGUGUCUCGACGAGCGAGGCGCCAGAGGUCCGAAUUUCUCGAAUGGCAGCUACAGAAGUAAUUUCUGAUAUCCAAGAAUGGAGCCCAUUAUUUGGAGCAUGCUUCACUGGCGAUCUCGACCGCGUCCGACAGCUACUUUCCAGCAACGAGAACUAUCAUAUCCACACCAAAUUCGGUUGGACGGUUCUACAUUGGGCCAUUAUUGGGGAAAGCCUAGAGGUUGUUCAAGAAAUCUUUGAGCAUCAUGCGCAGUCCCACGACCUUGUCAAUCCCAUCCGCCGAAUGAAAGCGACCGAGCUGCUAUCCUACUUUCAGGCCGUCCUUCCUGUGACCCUUGCUAUGAAAGUGCAGCACAUCGAUAUAUUUAACUUGGUGGUGCAGCACCUCGAGAAUCCAGACGGACACAAGGAGGUGCUGUUGAACAGGGUCUGGGGGGAGGGGGAAUAUAAGGUCAAAAUCUACGGAUUGCCCAGCAACCCGUGGAGAUCAAUGACUAGGUGGGGACGCGUCCACUGUUUUAGGCUACAGAGCUUGAUUCCUGGCACACAUAUUCCCACAACCAAUCCGGAAGCGAUCCAGUCCCGCCCUGUCGAAUGGAUCAAAUGGACAUCUAGCCUGCUGCGUGACGCGAUUCGCGACCAGAAGUUCUCCAUGGUUCAGAUGUUGAUCAGAGCCGGCACAGAUGUGAAUUACGGUUACAGAUUGCAUGAGGCGUCCCUCCGCGAGGACCCUCGCUACGUGAAGGUCUUGCUGGCAGGUGGCGCAGACCCACGGGUGAUAAAUAAGAUUACAGGGCGAACGGCCCUGAGCGAAGCUAUUCUCAAUGGGUUUGUUGAGACUGCCGCGGCUCUCAUCGACGGCGGCGCCGAUGUGAACCACGCACUGUGUCCUCCUAGCAGUGGAGAUCGGGUGGGAUAUAUAGAACGGCUUAGUAUCAGAGGACAUUACAUCGAGCUGGGAAAUCAGGGGGCUACAUCUCUGAUGUUGGCCUGUGGCUUUCACUUCUAUCAGGAACGGCAGGUUACCAAAACGAACGCUAUCGGCGCACCGCAGCCCCCGGAAACCGCCCUGGAGCUCUUCCGUCUCUUACUGGCGCGAGGUGCCGAUCCUACCAUGACAGACUCCCAGGGCAGGACCGUUCUACAUUACGCAGCAUUGAGACCAUCCUCGAAACUGAUCGAAUUGCUGGUCGAGUCGGGCUGUUUGAUCGAGGCGGUUGACCGAGAAGGCCGCACUCCGCUCCAAUAUCUGGCCCUCUGUAACGAAGAGAGAUACGAGACCGAUGAGCUCGAAAAGGCUGCCCGGUUGCUUUCUGGUCACCAAUCCUCUUCGCUGCUGGCCAAGGAUCUUCUCAAUCACCCAGUCCUCCGGCCGGUAGCCUCAGAAGAAGACGGCGACUCCGAGGACCUCCAACCUCCAUUCAAGAAAGCGCGCUAUUCUCACUUGCUACCGGUUGUCCGACAAAGUAAUGGCAUCUCCUGUGACGAGGAAAAGAAUGACGAAGCACGCACUCCCAUUCUGUCCGCACUGCUGGCGAAACGAUGGAAGGUAGUUCGCAUCUUGGCCGACUUAGGAGCGACCCGCCCGUCCAAACUGGACCUGGAAGCGACGCCUAUUCUCGAUCAGGUCAUCGAGGCGCUGGAACCUCAGAUCCUUGACUUGAUUCUUGGCCAGGGCAUUAUCCCGUCUGCUGGCUCAAUUUUUGCCCUUGUGCAGUCAUUCAUUUCCCACCGCCUCGAUCCAAAGGCAGCUGAGGAUACAAAUCAUACAGAUCUCUACGCCAAGUUCCAUCAUAUGCUCGCCGCUCUCGUAUCGGGCGGAGCUGAUAUCAACUAUCGCGAGACCAGUGAGGAGGCGGUCACAGGAACGACGCCGAUGGUUCUCGCGGCCACAAUUCCUGGAUCUCGUCAGAUUCUCCCGGCUCUCCUGGCCUCCGGUGGGGAUCUCUAUGCGCCGUCGACGCAGUACUUUGACGCUCUCCGCGCCGCUAUGGUAUAUGGAGAGCCGGCGGAUCUAUCGUUCCUCGUGGCUCACGCUCUUCGGCAUCCGAAUACCUCGCAUUGGUCCCACCAGCUGGCCCAGACCCCAGAGGAAGAUAAUCUGCUGGCGCAGAUCUGCAGCUGUCUCCACGACGCUGGUCUCCUCGACAGCACCAACCAUCACGGCCGCACCCUCCUGCACCUGGCCGCCGAGCAAGAUCACACCUCGCUCCUCGCCGCCCUCCUCAUCCACAACGCCAGCCCUAACAUCCGAGACCAGGAGGACUAUCUCGCGCUCCAUCGCGCCGGCUUCGCCAAACACGCCCAAGCAUUCACGCAGCUCCUCCCUUCCUCUCUUCUCUCCUCCUCGUCCUCCUCCCUCCUCGACCUCCUCCUCUCCCCCGUUGACAAGAAAGACCGAGUCAACCUCAUCGACCACGCCUUCCUCCACCGCGCCACCCCCUUCAUCACCACCCUCCUGCAACACGGCCUCUCCCCCAACCACACCGUCCACUUUUGCCACUCCGAUCCCAAACCCGCCCUCUACUUCGCAGCCUCCCGCAACGCCCACGAUCUCGUCACCCUCCUCCUCGACUCCGGCGCCGACCCCAACGCCCCCGACCCGUUCGGCUGGCAGCCCCUCCAUGUCGCCAGCCUCCACGGCUACUCUGCCAUCUUCUCCGCCCUCCUCGCCGCCGGCGCCGACAUCCACGCGCACACCAGGAGUUGGAACACCUCCGCUACGAGACCCACAGGUCUCUACGCUGGCAACGCCUGGCAUGGCACCCCGCUCCACCUCGCCGCCAUGGGUGGCCAUGUUGGCCUCGUCACGACCCUGCUCGCGCGCGGCGCAGACGUCCACGCUGAGACUGGGACCGGCAGGAUGGGUCUGUACUUCAUGCCGGGCCACGGGCCGACUGCGCUGCAUCUCGCGCUGGACACGGACACGUUCUACGGGCGGCCGAAUGCAGAAGAAGGGGGGGCGGGUGCAGGUUGCGGGGAUCUUGGUGAGUGCGGGGGCGCGCGCGAGGGGGUUGUUGGGGCAUCCCAAGCUGAGUAG